GUAGAUUGGUACUAUCACAUGCCAUUGAAACAGCCAGAGAAACCGGUGAACUCAGAAAUCCCACUUCCUGCAACGUCCCAGAUUCCAGGUCUGAGUGACCUUACAGAACCUCAUGAUGAAAAGAUGUUUGGGAGCCGCAGGAAGUGGAUCAAAGAUACUGAUUCAGAAUAUGUGAAGCUGGCAAAGCAAGGAGGCCGACCUGACUUACUGAAGCACCACACUCCUGCUACAAGCAAGUCAUCUCCAGUAGCAUAUGCUGCACCUGACUGGUACUCACACUGCUCUGAUCCCUCAACAAUCAAUGAGCCACAGAACUAUGUUUCUACUAUACCAGAUUAUAUGAUUCAUAAAGAGUUUAAGGCUGGUGAUCAUCAUAGUACUAACUACGAGACAAGAAGAGCACCGUUUGAUUUCGAUACGAAAAGUGUUUGGCAACGGGAUGCUGAAGACAAGGAGAACACAGAGAAAAAAAAGGUAAAGCUUCCAGCUAUAAAUCCUAAAUAUCAAAGCAAAAUUCAGAAUGUUUCUACAAACAAGGAAUUCAGUGGGAAAAAUAAGCUUACCUUUCCACCUAUGCCUGCCCAGAGAAAUGGUGAAGCAGUAAACUUCAGCAAAUUAAUUAGCAAUGGUUAUGGAGCUGACUGGAUUCAGCAGCACACUGAAAGAGAAAAAAAGGUUCAACAAACAUCAGAAAAUAGUGAGGAGUUGAAAGAUUCAGAACCGUCACAGCCUGAAACAGCACCUGCAAGCAAUGAGUGA